GCUUCGUUAGUAUCAACUGCGGAUACACGGGCCCCCCGUUUGUGGACAAAAUCACCGGAAUAAGGUGGCAGCCAGAUCAGUACUACAGCACAGGAGUGCCCGGCACUGCUCCCCCUCCCAAGGGCAAGCAGUGGGGGCCGUAUGACGUGGACGCGACCAUGCGAGUCUUUACAGAGUACCCCGUUAACUGUUAUAACAUCCCUGUGGCGAAGCCUGGGAGGUAUCUGCUGCGGCUGGUGAUGUACUAUGGGAAUUAUGACAAGGCCAAGAGCCCGCCCGCGUUCAACGUCUCCUUUGGGAUCUCAUUCGCGGCGACGGUGGUGCUGGCUCUGAAGGAGAGGGUGGUCUCGGAGAUCAUCGGCCAAGUGGAUUCAACAGAGCUCGAGGUGUGCUUCGUGAGCAUCUACGGCAAGCCGCUGGUGAACGCGCUGGAGCUGAGGCCGCUGCCCCCGGCGUCGUACGUGUCGCUGCCCGACCCCUCGGGCGUCAUGCUGCUCUGGUGGCGCCUCUUCAGUGCCAACGACUCGCUCACCAACCGCAUGCUGCGCUACCCGUACGACCCAUUGGAUCGCAUCUGGGAUGCAGAUGGGGUGAUGGCCACCAGUGGGGGUGCUGCCUCGUCAACCCUCAUGUUCGACUAUUCUCUCGACUCCUACGUUUUUGGCACGCCUAUUAAUGUUAAGCCGGCCAUAGGGGCUAGAGCCGUGGCUGCAGCUACUUCUGCUGCGUUUGGCACUGGGGAUUCGGGUGAAGCGGUGCGGGGAGAGAGUGCGUCUGAAGAAGCAGGGGAAGCGGCGGGAGCGGAGGCAGCAGCAACAGCAGCAGCGGCAGCAGCAGUGGCGGGAGCAGGAGCAGCAGCAGCAGCAGAAGCAGCUGUGGUAGGUGAAGCAGACGGGUCACCAGCAGAAGAAGCACUAGAAGCAGCAGCAGAAGAAGCAGCAGAAGCAGCAGAGCAAGCAAUCACAGCGAACGGCACAGCCAACGCCGUUCCUCCCUUCCUACAGCUCACAGCACGCACAGUGCCACAGGCACCCAAGGGAAGCACAGACAGCAGCAGUGGCUUGGAAUACCAGUUUCAAUUCCUCGAGAGCCCUGCUAAUUUCCAGCUGAUUCUGUACUUUGCGAACGUGGAGGGGCGGGUGAAGCGGGCGGGGGACAUGGUGUUUGACAUUGUGUUGAAUGAGCAGGUGGUGGUUGGGAGAUUUGAUUUGUUUCUGCAGCUGCAAGGGGUGGGCAGGGCGGCACGGGCUGGGGGAAGUGGCUUAGGGGGGCGUGGCGCUGUUGAUGGUGGUGGGGGUGAUGUGACUGCUCAUGCGGCUGCCGUAGGCCUUGCUGCUGCUCCUGCCGCUCUUCCUUCUGCUGCUGCCACAGCUCCGUCUACCCCUCCUACCCAUUCCGCCACUGGAAGCAGCAGCAGCACUGAUAGCAGCCUGUACGCGCAGCAGGUGGUGAUGGUGGUGGUGAAUUUCACGAGUGUGGAUCUCUACACCCCCGCCAUCCUGCUGCUCAGGCCAGCAGCUACCAGCCGCCUGCCUCCUGCCAUCAGUGGCAUCGAGAUGUACGAGGUGUUCCCCGCUGCCAAGCCAACGCCCCCUGCUGAAGUCUCCGCCCUGCGUGACUUUCAGAGGCUGCUGGGGGCGCCAGCGUCACUGGCGGGGUGGCAGGGGUCGGACCCCUGUAACCCCAUCAAGUGGGCGGGAAUUCAGUGCAUUCAGGCGCAGGGGGACAGCGCGUCACACGUCAGUGGCAUCUAUCUGGGCAACUACAGUCUCCACGGCCCCAUCUCCCCAGCUCUGGCUAAUGUCUCCCGCCUCCAACACCUCUGGGUGAAUGACAACAACCUGGAGAACGAGAUUCCCAGCUCCCUUGGCGACUUGGGGGAUCUCUCUACUCUUCUACUGCAGAACAACCAUUUAACGGGGGGGGUGCCUCAGUCGCUCACCAACCUCACCAAUCUGGUGCAGCUCAACGUGGCAAACAACAGCCUCACGGGAGUGUUCCCUUUCAACAUGACCACGCAGUUCAUUCAAGUCGUUGCCACGGGCAACGAUCUCUGCUCCCCCCAGGGCCUCUACGACCUCCCCUACUGUGGAGUCCUCCCCCCUCCGGCCCCCCCUCCCCUCUCCCCCCCCGCUCCCCCACCCGCACCAUCCCCCACCUCAGCCUCUGCUCCCCCUUCCGAGGCCUUCCCUCCCUCUCCUUCAACUGCCGACUCAAGUGCUGCGAGGGGAAAUGUGCUGGUGAUAUCUCUGGCAGUGUCGUUAUCUGUUGCUGCUAUUGCUUCGGCGCUGGUGGUGUGGAUGUAUCUUGAAGGGGCCUGGAAGGACAGGGCGAAGGGGCAAGAGGGGGAGAAGGAAGCGGAGGAGAAGCGGAGUGAAGUGGCAGCAGCGGGGGGAGGUGGAGGGGACGGUGGGGAGGGGGAUGAAGGAUCGGGGAAAAGGAGCGAUGGGUAUGGUGGGGGGAGUGGAAGGGGAGAGGGUGAGAGCGGGAGGCGAACAGUUGGUGUGUCACGGAGCGGAUCAAGGGAAGACAGAGGGAGUGAGAGGGGGGGUGAGAGUGGGAGGGAGGGGGAGAGGGCGAGAGGGAGAGGAGAAGGAGGGGAAUUCAGUGAUAGGGAGAGAUAUUCCAUGCCUCUUUCCGGACCUAACUCCAGCUCUACCGAGCCUCUGUUGCCCAAUGGGAAUGUAUCUGAACGUAAGAGUGAACCCAAUGUGGAAGGUUCUGCUCGUGCCAUCACUGCUACAGAUGCAGCCACAAGUGCCGCAGCAGCAGCAGCUACAGCAGCAGGAGCAGCAGCAGCGGACACGGCGCACAACGGACAAAAAGCGCCACCCAACGGGCUGGCGGUGGAGGCGGCGCCGUUCACUGUGCCAUCCACUCACGUGCAGCGGAUGAGUCUAGCAGAGCUGGAGGAGGCGACGGGAGGGUUCUGUGAGGAGCAUAUGAUCGGUGCUGGGGGGUUUGGACCGGUGUAUCGCGGCGUGCUGGCGAAUGGACGAGUGGUGGCUGUCAAGCGACGCGCUGUGGACUCCAUGCAGGGCUCUACAGAGUUUAAUAAUGAGCUCAAGUUCCUGUCCAAGAUACGGCACCCCCACCUGGUGGCGCUGAUAGCGUUCUGUGAGGAGCAGGGGCAGCAGCUGCUGGUGUAUGAGUUCAUGGCGCAGGGCAAUUUGAGGGAACACUUAUACGACCGGUUGGGAGCGCCAAGGGGGCGGUUGCGGUGGCUGCAGCGCCUCUCGAUCGCUGUUGGUGCCGCCAAAGGAAUUGAGUACCUUCACGUGGCCCUCCGCCCCUCCAUCAUCCAUCGAGACAUCAAGACCACCAACAUUCUCCUCGACGACAGCCUCUGCGCCAAGGUCGCUGACUUUGGGCUGUCCCGCCUGGGCCCUCAGGACAACACGCACGUGUCCACCAAUGUGAAGGGCACAGCCGGUUACCUAGACCCAGAGUACUACACGGUGCAGCAGCUGACGGAUCGCAGUGACGUGUUCAGCUUCGGGGUGGUGCUGCUGGAGCUGGUCAGCGGGCGGCAACCCAUCGACCUCAGCCGCCCACGCGUCGACUGGAACAUCAUUGACUGGGCCCGCAAGCAUCUUCAGCAGGGGGACAUAGAGGCAAUAGUCGAUCCCACACUGCCCCCUUCGGAAUUUCUCAUAGAUGCCAUGUGGAAGGUGGCCGAGGUGGGCAUUCUCUGUGUUGAGCCCAUGGGCAUCAACCGGCCGAGUAUCAGUGAAGUGGUUCGGGAGCUCGGAGAGGCGGUUGCUAUGGAGUUAUCGAAUACGCCUGUAAGGAAUCAUUUUCACCAGCACCAGCACCAGCGGCAGCACCAGCAGGGGCAGGGGCAGCAGGGGGAUGGGCAGCAGGAGGGGCAGCAGGAGGGGUAUGAUUCGGAGAUUGGAGUGAAUCAUGGGGAUGAGAGGGGGGGAGGGAGAGGUGGAGGUGGGGACGAAGGAGGAAGGGGUGGAGAGCAGUUGGGUGGUCAACGGGGGUUCUACAAUUCCACGUUGACGUUUUCUCGCUCGGGAUCCAACGGUGGAGAUUCGUCGAGAGGGAUGGAUGCGCGGAGACGUCCGGAUGGUGGCGGGGGCAUGGAACACGAGGCUCGGGACACCCCUGAGCAGAGGUUUAGGAGAGGGGAGAAUCCGAAUAGAGUGGUCCCGGCUGAGCUGGCGAUGAGCUGGCGAGGAGAAGCGGGGGAGGCGUCAGGAGGUAUGAGAGGGGAUGGGGAUGGGAGUGGGGAAGUGUGGGCGGAGAUGGGAGGUGUGAGUGAGAGAGUGAGUGGGGGAGUGAGUGAGGGAGUGAGUGAGAGAGAGAGUGGGAGAGUGGGCUGGAGAGGUUCAGGAGAAGGGUUGGCAGGGAUGGGUGGGGGUGAUUGGAGUGGGAGCAGUGUGGGGUGGCACCCGAAUGGAGGAGGGGUUGAGGCGGUUGGAGGAGGGGGAGGAGGAGGAGGGAGAAGAAGAGGGGAUGGAGGAGGAGGAGAGGGAGGGAUUGCGAUGGGGUUCAGAGGUCCCGGGAGUGGAGGAGAGAUGUACAUAAGGAGAGGGGGGUCGUCAGAAGAGCUCAUGUCCCACGGUGGGGUGCAAGGCGGAGGGGUGCAAAGAGGUGGAAUGCAAGGGGGAGCGGUGCAAGGGGUUGGCCUCAUGGCGGUUUCAGACUCGUUAAUGAGGCGGAAAAGAGAAGGAGCAUCUUACAACGGGCCGAUUUCCCGGCCGAACUUGCCUGGGGGCAUCGGGGGAGGAGAGGGGAGAGGGGGGAGAGAGGGGAUGAGGGAGGUAGGACAGGGAGGGUUCUCGGGAGAGAGUGUGGAGGCGGAUGUGAUGAUGGCACGGGCACCACACGGGGAUUACAUGAUGCUCAGGAAGGUGCAGCAAGGGGUCAUGUCGCCUCCCGUUCCGCAGGAGAAGCGGCACUUUUCUGCUGAGGACAAGCCGCGGUUCGCCUCGCCGUUCGGGCAGCCUGGUUUCCAGCCCCAGGCAGGCGGCCGAGAUUUUGAAUCUGCCCGAGAGCCGGUGGGGGGGCAUGGUGUGGGGGGGAAUUCGGAGGGAAAGAGGCGGAUGAGUGACGGGGAAGGUGUGGAUUUGAGUACAGGCAGAGAGGAUGGGCGUGCUUUGAGGGGAGAAGUUUCUAUGAGAGAUGACCUGCGGCCAGAUUAUGAAAUGUCUAGGUCUCACGAAGAGCAACUGCAUGAUUCCGGAUUCGAGGUAUCUCGACCGCACGAUUCGGAUUUCGAGCGAUCUCGGCCGCACAAUCUGGUUACCUCCACUGCGUCGUCAUUGUCAGCAGUGGAGUUGGCUGGAAUGUCUUCAGACUCGUGGCGGGAAACCCCUUCCCUGCCGUUCUUAGUGCCUAGCCAGGGGCAGGAGCAGUUGAGUGGAAGACUCGAUGAGAGGGUAGUGGUGGGGGUUGAAAAGACCGAGCAGCGGAAAAUGGCUGUUCUCGCUCAAUCGGCACCGUCACAAUAA